AUGUCUGCGAUACGCAGGAAAUUUGGCGAGGACUACGAGGUAGUGAACACCAAACGGGACAUGACUGUCUCUGCACCCGUGAAGAGAAAGCGCCAGCGGUUUGUGGAGAAGAACGGCCGCUGUAACGUCCAGCAUGGUAACCUUGGCGGGGAGACAAGUCGAUAUAUCUCCGAUCUUUUCACCACGCUAGUCGACCUGAAAUGGCGGUGGAACCUACUCAUAUUUAUAUUAACCUACACGGUAGCCUGGCUGGUUAUGGCAUCUAUGUGGUGGAUAAUAGCCUACAUCCGUGGUGACAUCAAACCACAAGGCCACGACUCGUCAUACACCCCGUGCGUCGCGAACGUCUACAACUUUCCGUCCGCUUUCUUGUUCUUCAUUGAAACAGAGGCUACUAUCGGCUAUGGUUACCGCUACAUCACAGAAAAGUGUCCGGAAGGCAUUCUUCUUUUUCUCUUCCAGUCUCUCCUGGGUUCUAUAGUGGACGCAUUUCUAAUCGGCUGCAUGUUUAUCAAGAUGUCCCAGCCGAAGAAGCGCGCUGAGACUCUCAUGUUUAGCCAGGAUGCCGUUAUCUCGCAACGGGACGGGAAGUUGUGUCUCAUGUUCCGAGUGGGGAACCUGCGGAACAGCCACAUGGUGUCGGCCCAGAUCAGGUGCAAACUUAUCAAGUCUCGUCAGACCCCGGAGGGGGAGUUUCUACCCCUGGACCAGUGUGAGCUAGACGUAGGAUUUGGGACAGGGGCCGACCAGCUCUUCCUGGUGUCCCCUCUGACUAUCUGCCACGAGAUCAAUCCCAAGAGUCCCUUCUUUGACCUGUCCCAGCGCUCGCUCAUGAACGAGGAGUUUGAGAUCGUGGUCAUCCUGGAGGGCAUCGUGGAAACCACUGGUAUGACGUGUCAGGCACGGACCUCCUACACAGAGGACGAGGUGUUGUGGGGCCACCGCUUCCUGCCUGUCAUGUCCCUGGAGGAGGGCUUCUUCCGGGUUGACUACUCCCAGUUCCACAACACCUUCGAGGUCAACACUCCCCGUUACAGCAUCAAGGAGCACGAGGAGAAGAACUCCCUGACUUCCCCCAACCCUCCACCAGGCGUCCCCACCUCCCCUCCCCUGGGGAAUGGGGGCCAGAGCCGGGGCCGCCGGGAGAGGAUGCUGUCAGUGGACUUUGCCGACCACGGAGAGGCUACCCAGGAACAAGCGAUGGGGAGGCUGCCCAGCAAGUUACAGCAUAUGAGCUCUUACAAGGAGGACCUCCGAACGAGGGUGAAGACUGGAGGAGCCCAGCCUGGGGACAAGGCCUCUUGCAGGGGGGACCAGGGGAGUCUGCCCCUGGGGGUCCAGCGUCUGGUCUCCAGCUCCAUCCCUGGGGGCUUUGGCCAGGGAAAGGUGGAGGAGAAGCUCCAGCUUAAGGUACUAGAUGGGGGUCCUGGUACUGGAGACACCCUGACUCAUUCAGUUGGGGAGAAGGAGAAGUGGAGACUUCCCCCUGCCCUGAGCCCCAUCCCGGCCCCAAAUCCGACUCCUGUCCAAAUCCCUUUGCCUAAGGGUGGGGGGUGGCCGGAUGAUAACCUGCCUGACAAACUGCGCCGAAUGAACGCUGACCGCUGA